AUGCCUCCAAUUGAGACCGAUGGUUUCUCCGUGACUUAUUCCUCUGAAAGGACUGGCAUCCCCGAUCUCCGCCUUAUCCAUUACAAUGACGUGUAUCAUGUCGAGUCAGGGUCUGCAGAACCAGUUGGCGGAGCUCCUCGCUUCCAGUCCUUGAUAAACCACUAUCGAUCGCAUUCGGAUUUCGACGGACAGCCUGCCCCGCUCACCUUCUUCUCCGGCGACGCAUUCAAUCCCAGUCUCGAGAGUACUGUAACGAAAGGGAGGCAUAUGGUACCCUUCUUGAACAAGGCAGGAACAGAUGUAGCUUGUGUCGGGAAUCAUGAUCUUGACUUUGGUGUUGCACAAUUCCGCCACCUGCGCGACCAAUGUCAAUUCCCCUGGCUUUUAGCCAAUGUUCUCGAUCCAGCAUUAGGAGAGGAUGUGCCAAUUGGAAAUUGUGAGAAGACUUGCAUGCUCACAUCGUCGAAUGGAAUCAAAGUCGGAGUGAUUGGUCUUGGAGAACGCGAAUGGCUGGGAACCAUUAACUCUCUUCCUCCCGAUCUUAUCUAUAAGUCUGCUUCGAAGACCGCCAUCGAGCUCGUCCCUAAACUGCGCGAACAAGGAGCAGAGAUAAUUGUUGCAGUUACGCACCAACGCGAACCAAACGAUAACAAAUUGGCUGAGAACAUUCCGCAUGGAAUGAUUGACAUCAUUCUUGGAGGACACGAUCAUUAUUAUAGUCACGCUUUUAUAAACGGCGUCCACGUUCUUCGGUCUGGUACCGACUUCAAACAGCUGAGCUAUAUCGAAGCCUUUCGAAAGGAGAACGGUCCUGGAUGGGAUUUCAACAUAAUUCGGAGGGACAUGGUUCGCGCCAUCCCUGAGGACCCAUCCAGUCUGGCACUAGUUGCUAAGCUUACCUCCAGUCUAAAAGCUAAGUUGGACAAGCCUAUCGGCUAUACCGUUCGUCCACUGGAUGGGCGCUUUUCGACCGUACGUGCGGGAGAAUCAAACCUAGGCAACUUUGCGUGUGACCUCAUGCGCUUCUACUAUCACGCGGAUUGCGCAAUGAUGGCCGGAGGUACCAUCCGUGGAGAUCAAAUCUAUCCCCCGGGCGUACUCCGCCUCAAAGACAUCCUUAACUGCUUUCCCUUUGAAGACCCCGUUGUUCUGUUGCGCCUCAAGGGUAAAGCUAUUCUUGACGCCUUGGAAAAUGGUGUCAGCCAGCUUCCGGCUUUAGAAGGCAGAUUUACUCAGGUAUCGAACAUUGCGUUCAGUUUCAACCCGUCUGCGCCUCCCGGCUCGCGCAUCAACUGGGCCAAAAUAGGCGAUCACCCGAUCGACUUCGAACAGAGCUACACGCUGGCAACCCGAGGGUAUAUGGCGCGAGGAAAGGAUGGCUUUGCGUCCCUUCUUGUCAAGUCAGAAGGUGGAGAAGUCGAAGAAAUCGUUGACGAAGAAAGCGGCACCCUCAUCAGCACGUUGAUGCGGCAGUACUUCCUGAGCAUGAAGGUCAUGGGUAGAUGGCAGCACUUGGGCAAAAGUAUGACCAGACAUUGGGCCGACGUGCAGAAGAAUUUCCAAAACAAAGGCUUCCUGAAGCCGCCCUCCGCGCUCCCAUCACCAGUGCAAGAAAAGGUCCCAAUCCGUCUUCAGCGUCCGCCUCUUAACCGGAAGCAACAUUACUACUACGGCCGCUUUGCCGAGACCGAGACCGCAGACGAGAAUGGCGCCGAGUCAUUGCCAGAUGACUCGAUGGACUCUGAUUCAGACUCUGAUCCGGAAAUUCUGACUUUACCCAAGCCAAUCACCAACUACGUGACUCUUCCAGCGCGGUCAGCUGAAGAUGAGGAGAACCGCCUACGACUUGCGCGGUGGGCAACGCGCCGCUGGAUGCGCAGUGCGGGGAUCAAGUCCACUGUUGACGAGACCAACGGUGAGGAACACUUCACGCCCACGUGGACGCCGGGUAUUUCGCCCCGGCUUGAAGGGAGGAUUGUCGUUGAGACGAGUGCAUGA